GUACGCCAUUUUCAUUUUCCAUGAAUUGCAUUGACAGAAAUUUGGCGAUUUGCGUCCUUUUGCAAAAGUAUAAUUAUUUUAGUGAACUUGUUGAAAUCUAAGCCGGCAAAUAAAUUAUUAUAAAUAAGUUAUUUCAGCUGAAAAAUUUUAAAUAGUGCUAAAUUAUGAGUUCUGUGUUAUUUGCUUGCUCAAAAUGUUUCUCAAGACAUCCAUUUGAGGAAUUGUCUGCAGGUCAACAGCUAUGCAAGAAUUGCCGAGGAAAUAGCUCCGUUGUUAAAUGUACUUAUUGUCGCACUGAAUUCCAACCAACAAGCAAGAAUCAGACAGCCUGUAAAAAAUGUGAGCAUUGUCUUAACAAGUAUGGCAAACCAAAUGCCUGUGAAUGUUGCAAAAUUGUAGCGGCGUUCGGAAACUCAAAAUGUAUAAGAUGUGCAACCUACGAAGCGAAAUAUGGCCCACCGAUACAAUGUGAUGAAUGCAAACAGCGAUGUGCUUUCGAUAAACGUGACGAGAACAAAAAGGUGAAUGGUAAAUUGCUUUGUUGGCUGUGUACCAGUUCAUUUAAGCGCGCUCUACUUAAGGCUCAACAAGAAGGACGAAUAUCGGCUAAAAAACGACAACAUGAGAAAUCUCAUCGCGAGAGUUCAGCAUCAGGCAAAAAAUCGUCUCGACCUUCAGCUGAUAUCAAAAGUAGUGGCGCCGUUGGUGGGAGUGGAAGUAGUAAUGCUAUUGCAUCUUCAAGCACUGAUAUGCCUGAAAAAAUAAGUCGUACAGGAUCUGGCGGAAGUGGUGGCAGUGGCAGUGGUAACGGCUCUGGAAUGGGAUUAAGUUCUAUUGCAGCACCAGCAGUUAUAACAAUUGAUCCCAAUUCAGCGGAUCAUGUCGUAGCAAUGACAAAUUUAAAAGAACGUAUCGCCAGUUUGGAAAAACGUCUACAACAAAAGGAUAAAGAAUUAUUGGAAAAAGAUAAAUUAUUGACAGAGCUGAAAGGCAAGAACUUCGAAAAGGAAAUCGAAAUGCGCAACAAGUUGAAGGAAGUUGAUAGGUUACAUGAUAUGAAAGUAGAGAAUCUUAAUCGUAAAGUUAGUAGUCUCUUAAAAGAAUUAGCUGCGGUUAAGAAGAGCUCAAAGAAGAAUGGAACAAGUGGCGGUGCAAACGCUAAGGAGCGUCAAAGUGAACGUGAAAAACGGGAAAAUCUUUCACCCAAAGAGGAGAUUGUUGAGGAGGAGCAAUCACGUGAAAAGGAAGUAAAAGAGGAAAAGAUAGAUAAAGACGAACUUAAAAGUGACGAAGAACAAGAAACCGAAGAAAAGAGGAGUGUGGGUUCUGGUUCUAAUAGCCCGGUAACAAAUUGAUGAUUGUCACAGUAGAAUGUGUUAGUUAAAUUGUAUAACAAAAUUUUACGAGUGUAUGCAACGCUUUCACAUCAAUAUUCCACUUAAUCAAGAUGUAUAAAUUUUAUACUAAAUGUUUACUUUGUGAACCAUUAUGAUGUUAAAUUCUGUUUUCAAGCAUUAUUUACAUAAUUAUAAAAUGAGCUGUUGUACCGUUUUUCAUUAAAAAUAAAAAAUGUAAGAAAACUUAGUAUCAAUUAUAAGAGUGUGUACAUUAAGAAUGGAUGUCUAUUUUUUUAAUUUCCACACUUAACAAAUGUUUAUGUAAGACUUUGUAUUAUUUUAAGUUGCUUAAUGCACACUAAAUCAAUUGUCACUUUGUAGUUUGAGUAAGAUUGAUGUAAAUUAAGGCUUUAUUAUAAGCUUUAGUUGUAUGUGCAUUGCAAAUGAUAUUUUGGCUAUUUAACACUUUAUUUAAUCAAAAUUUUUAAAAUUCAAGUUUUUAAUUAUUAUGUUAUGAUUUCUGCAACGGCACUAAGAAUAUAGCUUAUUUAAGUGAAGUGGAAAAUCUUUAAUUUGAAUAAAAAACACAUAAAAAGCACACUGCUGUUCAUGGUUA